AUGGGCAUGAAUGGUGAAAGAGCCCGCGGAACCCACGCAAGCAUGGGCCAGGGCUUCGGUAACAACUCAGGCUGGAAACCCAGCAACAUCUGGGGUAAUAGCUUUGAAGAUCCACAUAACACGGAGAGUGAUUUUGAUGCACAGACUGGCUCCGGCUCUCUCCUGGCUGCCGCCGACACUGAUGCAUGGAAUACUACUCGGUCAACUCUGCCUUGGAGUACUAUCAGCACAUCAUCUGCUGGGUUGCCAAGGGCGCGAAAUUCCGCGAUGGCUACAUCGCCUGCCCAAAGUCGCGCUCCAGACAGAAACGGUCCAGCCUUUUCCGAUAGCACCGAUCCAUCCUAUUUCAGUAUGCCCAGAGGAUCUGGAAUGACCUCUUCGAGCGGGCCUUCAUCCAAGUAUUUGAAUACGGGAUCUGAUGGGAUUUCUCCUUCCGGCGACGGAAUUUCUCUGUCAAACCUGGCUAGUUUUCGUAACGGAGAAAGGAGACAUGUUAAUACGUCCACGUUCAGUAGCCCUGUGGGAACAGCAUUUCCAAGCAAACCCACAUUCCCUGGUACUCUCGAUAAUGCCAGAUCCGAUGAGAUACAGGCAUCAAUGGGUAUCUCUCUUGCUCAAGGGCUUCCUGAAACUAUGCCUCAACAGCUUAGCCGCAGCAGCUAUGCCCAUUCCUCCCAUAACUCAGCUUCAUUUGCUCCACAAAGACCUGGGCAUGUUUCAUUUCCCUCAUUUCGUUCGGACAGUCGAUACGGAAGUAACUCGGUUGACUUGAGUGGAAAUUUCGAUAAACUGCAAUUAAAUGAAGCAGGUUUUACUGGCCAUCCCAGUGUCAGCCGCCCUGCAUAUGUAUCUCAGACAUCUCUGGACGGCUCGAUGCAUCAGUUGAAAUACCAAGGCUCUGCCGAUGAAGCGAAGUACCAGAAUGCAGGAGGUUAUCCAAACGACAUUGUUUCUGGAGAACUCCCCAUGGCAUACCAGGCGAGCAGGUCGCGUUUUGGCGAGGCUGGUCCUAUUUCACCAGCAGAGUAUUCUCGUCUGGAUAGCCCUAUCUAUUCUCCUCUUGGCAGUGGUACGAUGGCCGGUCCGCACUAUCGGAACGCCUCUGGAACUCAUUUCUCGGACACUCAGGCGGCAAUGCUGGAACACAAGUUCAGAGCCAUGCAUCCUGAGGCCGACCUAGCCCAUCAACCGGCCAAUCCGCUUCAAAGACCGAUGUUUCCAGGUCCUUAUGACCUUGCGAGCUAUCAGGCUGCGCGCUUGUCAGCCUUGUCAGGAUUUUAUCCUGUCGCGCAUCUCUCUGCUGCAGCUCUUGUUUCCAGAGGUCAACGUGAGCAGGAAUCAUCUCAAACGGUUCGAAGUCCUGUCCUGGAAGAAUUUAGAGUCAAUAGCAAAGGAGCCAAGAGAUAUGAUCUCAAGGAUAUAUACGGCCAUAUAGUUGAGUUCAGUGGUGACCAGCAUGGCUCUCGAUUUAUCCAACAGAAGUUGGAAACCGCCAACAGCGACGAGAAAGAGCAAGUUUUCCGGGAAAUCCAAUCCAACAGCUUGCAACUCAUGACCGAUGUGUUCGGCAAUUACGUUGUGCAAAAACUCUUUGAGCACGGCAACCAGGCGCAGAAGAAGAUUCUUGCCAAUCAAAUGAAGGGCCAUAUUUUGUCCCUGUCGACGCAGAUGUAUGGAUGCCGCGUAGUUCAGAAGGCCCUUGAACAUAUUCUCACCGACCAACAAGCUUCGAUGGUCAAGGAAUUGGAGAACCAUGUUGUUCGCUGUGUUAAGGAUCAGAAUGGAAACCAUGUCAUCCAGAAGGCCAUCGAACGAGUUCCUUCCCAGUAUGUGCAAUUCAUCAUUAAUGCCUUCAAGGGACAGGUGGAGAAACUCGCCACUCAUCCUUACGGAUGCCGUGUCAUUCAGCGGAUGCUAGAGCACUGCGAGCAGCCCGAUCGUGAAUCCAUACUAGGUGAACUUCAUGCCUGCACUGGCCGGCUGAUUUCCGACCAAUUCGGCAACUACGUGAUUCAACACGUUAUCGAGCAUGGCGAGGAAAAGGACCGGUCCGCGAUGGUAUCCGUUGUGAUCUCGCAGCUCAUUACCCACUCCAAGCACAAGUUUGCUAGCAAUGUCGUUGAAAAAAGCAUUGAGUAUGGGUCCGAGACUCAGCGCCAUCACAUCAUUAGCACGCUAGCCUCUGCACCAGAGGGUGGCGAAUGUUACCUCGUUGGGUUGAUGCGGGAUCAAUAUGGGAACUAUGUUAUUCAGAAGAUCCUCUGUACAUUGAAGGGGGCGGAAAGAGAGGCCUUUGUGGAUGUUCUUACUCCGCUGUUAGGACAAUUGAAGAGAAUCAGCUAUGGCAAGCAAAUCUCUGCCAUUGAAAAGCUGAUCCCAGACUCGACUUCACCUUCGACUGGCCACAUUCCGAGCCAGAUGGAUUCGUCUACCACGCCUCCCAAUUCCCACAAAUCCUCUCCACAACUGUCCAAGCGUUCAGUCAAUGGAACUGACAAUGGCCAUGUGUCUGUUGGAGCAGCCCCUCCAACUCCGCCGCCCACUGAUAGCCAGAGUGAUGCAGAUGCCUCCUCCGACUCUAAAACCAUGACCCCUCGUGCGGAGUCCGACUCUAGCAGCUUAUGA